CUCUUUGUUGUCACACGCUGCGGUUGUGACAUCAUGACGUGGAACACUAGCAAGGAGCAAGUGGCCACCGACCAGGCCACGGCAACAAGUGAGAGUGGUACAAGAAAGGGACACAACUCGAAGACUUUCGACUCUCCAUUCAAGAUUGAUGCUGGUGUGGAUGCCAAACGUGAUGACCCUGUGUGGCAUUUUGUUGCACGUGGUCGAUACUUGUACCCCGAGACGGCGGUGGGGAGGAAGAGUGGUCGACGAUGUGUCUGCAGAUUGUGCGGGAAAUCCAUUUGUGGGGGCAGUAGAGAAGCAAAGGAACAAUUCUUCAAAAGCAAGGAGUUCAGAUGCCCGGCGGGGACCCCUGCUGUGUAUAAUACCAUAUGGGCAAAGAACAUGGACAAGUGUCCGAAGGACUUUGUUGCCUCGAUCGAGGAGUUGAAGAGGCUCCCUCCUGGCGCUCCGGCAUUCCAGUGGCCGACACUUUUAUUCCCAGAGGACUCGGAGCCUCGUCGGUCGCUUGCUAGUGAGGCAGGGCCGUCUGGCGGUGCAGUUGGUGCACCGGUUCCGGCACCUGUGGCGGGAGGACCGUCGGUCGGUGCAGUCCCACCGCCGGUACUUGUAGGGACCGCGGUGCCGUCGGCAGAGGCAACGAGAUUGCCACCUGCUUCGCUCGAGGGCCACCGUGUCUCUCCGUCGGUUCAAUUGCAUCCUAUGUUCACGACUACUGCGGCCAGAGCAUCGGCUGCAGCAGGAGCUCCUCUUGCGGGUGACCGAGGCACAGCUGCGGCAGCCACGGCUCGGUGGUCUCUACCUCGACCUCCACGUUCAGCUCCAUCUUUGGCAGCGGCUGACUCGCGGGCGCCACAGCGCACAAGCGCGUUUGGCUACCCCGAGGGAUCUCUGCAGCACAUCGAGGUGCUCACCGCGAUCGACAAGUUCCAUGUCAAGGAGAGGCCUUUCGACAAUGACACGAUGGAUAGAGCGAUGAGGAACUAUGAGCACCCGUCCAGUUUUUGGGAGUCGAAGUCGCGCAGGUUUCCACACACCGCAUACUUUGCCAUGAGGAUCCUGCGUGUUUGGACGACAUCGUCGCCCUGUGAGAGAGCUUGGUCCCGUUGGAGUUUCAUCCACUCGAAGACUCGCAACAAGUUGGAGGUUGGAUGGGCUGAAAAGCUCAUGCGGUGCCAUUGGAACCUCCGUCUUCUCGAUCGUCCAUCUUUGACCGAGGACGCUCCUCACGACAAACCUGAUCAAUUCGGGAAGUGGGUUCAUUAUUGGCAGCAUUUGGAGGACGAGUUGCCCACUGACCAGCAACUUGUUGCGGGGAGUGGAGCGAGAUUGGCAGCCACACAGGAGGAGAUGCGUGUGGCGAGGGAGCGGAUGCGCAGUGUUUCUCGCAUGGGCACCGAGCGCCGCCUUGUCCAAUCGGACAAGAGACGACGUGGACGUGUUCGGGGUCGUGGCGGGYGUGGUGGGCGUGGGGGGCKUUSUSGUCGUGGACGAGGUGGGCRUGGGGGACGCGGACRUGGAUCAGCGGGCGGGAUAUGUCCUCGUAGUGCGCARCCUGGGCUGCGUGAUGAGGCGAUGGUCGACCUUAUUCGUUUCCCUCGACAGCAUUGGGACGAGGGUGAUUUUUUGUAUCACAGCUCCGAUAGCGACGACGAGGAUUUCUUCUGUACCGCCAUGCCGCGAGGCGGAGACAACGACGGCAGGCCGGACGACGACCGUCCGGAUGAUGACGAUAGUGAUGAUGGAGCGGGCGACAGUCGAGACGCUCGAUCGUUGAGACAGGGUGGUGGCACUGGUGGGAGAGGUGCUGUUGCACCACGAGAUGCAGCAGGUGAUGGCAGAGGAUUAGACGUUGUCAACGGUGGAGGCGACUCACGCGGGCCACAGGCCGAGGAUACCGGAGCAGCGCUUGAGCGUACAUGUGUGGAUGUGGCUAUGGACGUCGAGCAACAUGAGGGAGUGGACGUUGUCGAAGGCGGGGGCAGCAGGGAUGGACAGGCCAGUCCCCCGCAUGGCUCGAGACCUCACCUCGUACGAUUGCGGCAUGGGCCGAAGAGGACACAGUCGAUUGCCGAUCGUGUGCGGCACCGCCACGGGACCCUCCCUCCCACCGUUCGUCCACGAGCCGUUGAGUCUGAGCUUGUCCCUGUUUCCGAGGACUCCAUGAAUGAUGGGCCCGUCGAUGAGCGACACCUGUCACCUGCCGGCUCGGCGCGAGAGACACAUCUGGUUGCCGACGGGGCACAGGAGGACGCACGUCCAGUUCAUGGCGCAGAGCAGGACGCACAUCCACUUCCACGAAGUUCGGUGCUCGGUGGUGGUAUAGACGCGGCUGACGUGUGCAUGGAGGUGAUGGAGGCGAUGGACUUAGGAUGUCCCCCUGCGUCGAUGACGGACGUAGAUCAGCGCGCCGAAGCGGCGAGUGGAUUACCACGCACAAAUAUCUCAGGAGUGUCUUCCAUGGAGGAUGGUGAGAUCACUCCAGCAGCGGGAGACCUAGGAGACGGGAAUCCCCCUUGCCCCGAUGGUGGGAGCACUCGGGCCGCAGGAGACGAGGAUGCCGGCCUCGCGUGCCCCGACGGUAGUCUUCCUCGCAUAGGCAACAUGGUGGGCAUGGGCACGCUCCCCGACAGCAUGUUUGGUGCUGACACGAUUAUUCCACCAUCGUUGCCGCUCGUGCCGCCCCCUGGCCUCCUGGGUGGGCCCGCCCGCGACGCAGCGGACAGAGGGUUUGACGAGUUCGGUGGAGAUACGAUAUUGUCUGCCAUGGCCUCUGCAACCCCAUCCGUAUUUCGGGUGGGGAAACCCCACGAGGUCGCUCUAGGCUUGGCCGAGACCACGACACGCCAUGGAGGUCUGCCACAUACGAGGGACGGGCGUAGCUCUCCACACCGUAGCCUCGCUGACUCUUUGGACGGAGCGUCUUCUGAUAGCGGCGCGCGAGAGGGUGCGCCAUUGGGUGGACUUGGAGGGGAUCCUUGUGUGGGAGCACCGUCGACGACCACGGGUGGAGAGGGUCGACCAGGGGCACCUCCAACCAGCGCGAGCCACGCAGAGCCUGGGAAGGACAUUACACCAGCUUCGUCGGCUGCCGGUCGCACUGGUGACAGAUCUACCACGCGCAUGGAUUCUGCACCACAUGCGGCCGGGAGGGGCGGUAGGGAGGAGCGACAGGGAGGAGCUCAUGCGGGGGGGUCUGGCCCACCUGUGCCAAGGUUGGCAGCAUCGUCUUUUUACGACCGGGGGAGAGCAGCACCAGUCGAUGGCGGAACCGCGGCAGGAAGGAGUGCAUGCGGCAUGCCAGAUGUGCCCUUUGGAACACGUUCCAUCGGCGCUGUUGGCGGUCAUCACCAUGGUGCGAUGCGUGAGUAUGAGGACCAGCAUGGCAGACGGCUGGUCACGAAGACAUCAGAUGUUGCCUUCACUAGGGUGGUGAAGGCUAGUAUGUCGCGUGCAAAGAGUAAGGGCGGACACGAGAGGUCUUCACAACAUUCGAGUCGUCGUGGCACCGCACCCAGGGAGUCUGUGCAUGGUCGCACUCAGGACGAGGAGGUUACUGCAGCGCAUGGUGGUGUACCGGAGGACGGACAGGUAGGUGAUGGAGGCCGUUCACGCAGAUUGUCAGGCGUGCAUGACGACUCCGACAGCGCAGGGGACGAGCGGCGCAACCGCACCGAGGGGGCUGGUCGUGGAGAGAAGAGACGAGGUGCUUUCACCAUUGUACACGAUGACGGUUCUGACAUCCGACCGGCGAGUCGACGGGGGCCAACGACCCAGGUGACUCCGAUUAUAGACCGGAUGGAUCUCGACCUGCACGCAUGGAGUAUGGAUCUCGACCUGCACACAUGGCGGAUGGAUCACGACCUUCACGCAUGGCGGAUGUAUCUGAUCCUGGAGGACGUCGACUCAGACGCAGGGCAGCACUCGAUGCAGAGGGACAUUUGACUCCUUCGACUCUGAGACCAUUCAUCCCCCGGCCCCAGGUUGACAGGGGCGAACAGGCUCGUACAGUC